AUGGAUCCAAGAAUUGCUUGGUAUCCCCCUGAACAUCUCGGAUUUGCCCAUGAGUUAUGGACGCGAAUUUGGGAGGCUCAAGUUGAUAACACACAGGAUAACAUGGAGAGACCUACUUCGACAACGACGACAGCGAUGUCCGACCAGAGACCACAAGAAUAUAUUCCUCUAGACGGACAGGCGACCGACGCGGAGACCUUACGUAGUAAACAAUUGUUGCUGCAGAAGAGAAAGAGAAGUGAGAAUCGUGCUUGUACAUACGGUUUGAACUUUUCUUCAAAUACGGAUAUUUUAAAGAAUGGAGGCCUAACGCCUUGGAGGUGUCCCAGCAAAGCAUAUGGACGGGGAAUAGUUGGGCUACAUCAAGAGAUCAUAGACUUUUAUGAGUACAUGUCCCCACAAGCUCAGGAGGCGAACAUGCGACAUGAUGUCGUGGAGCGUCUGAGAUCUGUUAUAGAAGACCUCUGGCCUGAUGCUAAGGUGGAGGUGUUUGGCAGCUUUAGAACUGGUCUCUAUUUACCCACAAGUGACAUUGACCUUGUGGUGUUUGGAAAAUGGGACUCUCAACCUUUGUUUACGUUGCAAGAAGCACUGCUGAAACGAAAUCUGGCAGACGCCUCUUCCAUUAAAGUUUUGGACAAGGCAUCGGUGCCUAUCGUCAAACUGACAGACCUGAAGACGGAAGUGAAAGUUGACGUCAGCUUUAACAUGGACAACAAUCAGAAUUAUGGUGUGGAGAGUGCUCAGCUUAUUCAGAAAUACUUGGAAAAGUACGACUGCCUAAAGUACCUUGUAUUAGUACUCAAACAGUUCCUGCUGCAGAGAGAUUUGAAUGAAGUCUUCACUGGCGGCAUCUCCUCUUACAGCCUGACCCUGCUGGCCAUCAGUUUCCUGCAGCUUCAUCCCCGUGAAGAUGCCAUCAGACCCAACCCAAACUUCGGUGUGUUACUGAUUGAAUUCUUCGAGCUCUACGGCAGAAACUUCAACUAUUUAAAAACUGCAAUUCGGAUCAAGAAUGAUGGAGCUUACUUGCCGAAGGAGGAAGUUUCCAAGGAGAUGGAAAAUGGCUACAGACCUUCUCUUCUGUGCAUCGAAGACCCUCUUAAAGCAGGCAAUGAUAUUGGGCGGAGCUCUUACGGAUUCAUGUCAGUGAAAAAUGCUUUUGAGUAUGCCUACCUGGUUUUGAACCAUGCAGUCUCUCCCAGCAAUUUGCACAUUAUCCGAGACGAUCAGAGCAUUCUAGGGAGAAUCAUUCGUGUAACUGACGAAGUGGUUGCCUAUCGCCAGUGGAUCAAGGAUAUUUCCAUUACGACAGCAAGACUCAGAAGUGAAGACACUCUUGUGGAAGCCAAAAGGCCCUUCUUGUUGCCCAAGCCACCACUAGCGUUAUCACGUUCACCUGUACCAGUUGCUGCCUCCAGUGACGCUACACAGCAGAGUACAUCCUAUGCUGCUGUUGCUUCAGUCAAGGAUGUUGCAGCCAGAGGUGCUUCCGUCAGUGGGCUCGGAAGCCAGCACACACUGACGAUACAGGAAGGCAACAUGGAGAGUGAGGCCAGCGAUUCCUGUGGCAACAGCUCUGGCUACAAGUCAUCGGCCAGUUCUGGGGCCAGCUCUGAUGGAAUCGAUUCUGUAAAAAACAGUGACCCGCAUGGUGUGCUUCGAUCAGCAGAACAAAUUAGCGAUUCUUCUGUCGUUAAAAGUGGCAGGAUUCCGUCAUCUGGUGGGCGACCGUCCCCAUCACCCGGCCACUAUAAUGGAGGCCACACAUCAAACAGAGGCUUUGCGAGAAGCCGAGAGACCACACGGCCGGCAGCAACAGCAGCAGCCCUUGGAGCAGGUUUCGCCGGAAACAAACCGCCCAGAGAUGCCAGCAAUAGUAGUGUGUCAUCAAACCGUUCAUACAGUGGAGUUUAUUCAGGCCGUUCUUACGGCGGACACAACAGUGGGUCAGGAGCCAACAGUGGUACAGUUUUCUAUGUAUCAAAUCGUUACUCUGCCAAUUCCGGCAUGGGUGGAUAUGGUGGAGCUCCUUCUCACGAAGGCACGCCCUUGUACUUCCCGGCUCACGGCCAGUAUCAGCAGUAUCAUCCCCAUGUAGUUUCUUCCCAGUCCGGACCAGUCAGAGACACCAGAGAUCGAUACCAACCUACCUAUAGCAAUGGGGUGGCAUCUCACGGGGGGCCACCGCACCUAGCCCACCAACGCCCCCCACCUUUCUCAGGGACACAUAAUAACAUGAACAGUCCCAGGUCUAGUAACAGCAAGGUUUAUCGCAGCUCAGGGGCAAGUAAGCAGAAACGAAAAAAUGGCAGGCGAGAUAACUCUCAGAACAGAGGCAGCAGUGGCUCUAGGUAA